UCUCUUUCAUCAGGGGCCUGCAGGUCCUGUUGGAGAUGUAGGUGUACCCGGACCUCAAGGACCCCCUGGACCUCAAGGACCAAGUGGUCGCUCCAUCAUCGGACCCCCAGGAUCCCCAGGAGAGCGAGGGCAGAAAGGAGAAGCAGGUCAACAAGGACAACAGGGAGUUCCUGGAAGACCUGGAGCUGUUGGAAGAGAAGGACCUCCAGGACCCAGAGGACUUCCAGGCAAAGACGGCCCACAGGGCAGACAAGGACCCCCAGGAAACAUGGGAACUCCAGGAGCUCCGGGAGCCCCUGGAAACACAGGCGCCCAAGGAAAACCCGGAACGCUGGGACCACCGGGUCCUCCAGGAAGCAAGGGAGAGAAAGGUGAACGGGGUGACCUCCAAUCAACAGCGUCGGUUCAGGCCAUCGCCAGACAAGUCUGUGAGCAGCUGAUCCAAAGUCAUAUGUCUCGCUACAACUCUAUCCUGAACCAAGCUCCCAGCCAGCCAGUGUCCAUCCGCACAGUCCCUGGACCUCCAGGGGAACCGGGUCGGGUAGGUCCCCCAGGGCCUGCAGGAGAACAGGGACCAGCAGGAAGACCGGGCUUUCCUGGACAGAAUGGCCAGAAUGGAAACCCAGGAGAAAGAGGGCAACCAGGAGAAAAGGGGGAGAAGGGAUCUCCAGGGGUUGGUGUGCAAGGCCCCAGAGGACCUCCAGGACCUCCUGGACCCCAAGGUCAGGGCCGAACUGGCAACCAGGGUGCAACAGGGCGCCCUGGGAAUCCUGGAGCUCCUGGUCGGUCUGGAGUUCCUGGACCAGUUGGGCCUCCAGGGCCCCCAGGAUACUGUGACCCCAACUCUUGCGUGGGCUACAAUGUUGGAGUCCAACUGCCAUCCAGCGUCUUCCAAAACUACGGAGAGGCGGAAGAGGACGACCCGUACCGCUACUACCAGCCCAACUACCCCGCUCCCCAACCCGUGGCUCCCGAUGACCCCGCGCUGGCGUUCGAAGACGCCGAGCCCAGUUCCCCCGACGUGUACCGUAGCACAAGGAGCAUAAAGGUGGAAAAGGAGCAAGAUGGAUCCAAGAGAAGAAUAAAGAGAGGAAUGAAGAAUCUUCCUGGACUAACUAACUGAGGAGACAGAGGGCCGCCUGCUGUUUGUGAUUGGAAGGCUCUGAGCCAUUAUGAACUAAUCAACAAGUGCCUGAUGCAGGGGUUUCUAACGGACAUUAGAGAUGGAGCGGGAGGGGGGUGAGGUUAGGAAAAUAUAACUCAUCUAUGCUAUUGAAUUAACGUCAAGGAAACUGAGUUAUUUUGUUUUAUUCAUUUUGUGGAGGUCAGGAAAAAUGCUCAGAACGGUACUGAACUUUAGAUCUUAAUACACCAAACUUUGUCAGUAUUCAAUUCAAUGAUUUGUUUUCUGGUUAUUAGUUGUUGUUUUUUUUUCACCUGGUUGUUUAAGUGCCUCCUAGUGUUUUUUCUAGUACCUUGAUGGUAACGUAUCUUGUCUUUGAAGGUCUGUUUUGAUGCCAGGGGAAGUUUUGCUUCAGCCUCUCAUUUUUACCUUUGACCAGAAAAAAAAUAUCAGAUGGUUUUGAUAUAAACAAUAAUCUUUUUUUUUUUUUUUUUUUUUUAAGAUCAACAUCUUGUAAUUGUUUACUUUGCUUGAGUCCAGCUGUGUCUUUAAAACUACAAUCUGUGGGUGGUGUUUGAUAUACGCACUUCUGACUUGGAAAAAUAUGUUUAUUUCCAUUUUUU